AUGGCUCCUGCAACUGCAAAUGCAGAUUUGACCUCCCAAAACGAAUCCAGAUCAGGAGAAGAUGCUUCACAUGGAAGAGUGAGCUCUUCAGCUGAAGCUAUCGGACAACUGGGUGCACAGCUUGGACCAGCACAACUGAACACUCGGCAACUUGAAGUAAGAGCGGAGGAAUAA